AUGGGGAAGCAAGUUGAUAACACGUUCACUUGGGUGAUUAAGAAUUUCUCCUCUAUCCAAUCUCAGAAAAUUAGUUGGUCUAAAGAGUUCAUCGUUGGUGGCUGCAAAUGGCGUGUUGCUGCCUACCCCGAAGUUAACAAUGUUACUAAUUACUUAUCCUUGUCUGUGUAUCUGUGCGUUCCUAAUUUUGAGUCGUUGCCUAGUGGUUGGCAAAGGCAUGCCAAAUAUUCCCUAGCUAUAUUAAAUCAACUUUCCGGAGACUUCUACCAACUGGAAGAAACACAACAAUGGUUUGAUCAGAGUAUUCCCGGAUGGGGUUUUCCACCAAUGCUUAACCUUAACGAAAUUUCUGGAAAUGAUGGAGGAUUCCUGGUUAACGACCAAGUCAUUAUUGGUGUUGCGGUAGAUGUUCUUGAAGUUAUUGGCUCAUUAGAUGCAUCAAAGACGUCUGAUGAUUGCAUAGAUGUCAAAGGGUUUCAAGUUCUUCCUUCACAGGUGAAAUCUGUGAACCGUUUGUUUGAGAGACACCCAGAUAUUGCGUCAAAGUUGAGUGUAAAGAACCAAUCUUUGAAGACAGCGUACAUGAAUGUCCUGCUCAACUUGACGGAGACUCUGCACCAGUCACCUAAGGAAAUCUCCAACGAUGAUCUGUCUGAUGCAAAAACUACUCUAACAUGCAUGAAAAAUGUAGGAUUUAAGCUGGAUUGGUUGGAGGAUAAACUUGACGAGAUAUUGAAAAGGGAGAAAGAAGCUGGUGAGAUUCGGAUGGAAAAAAUUGAGCAAGAGUAUAAAGAUUUGAAGCGGAAGUGUUCAAGCCUUGAAGCUCUUCUGAACAAGGAGAAGGCAGAUGUUUUGGCUGCCAGAGCUCCUUUGUCGUUGUUUCAUAACAGUGAUGAUCUAAAGUGGGUCUUACGAUUGAUGUUUGCUUAUCUCGGGGUUUCGGCCAAGCAAGAGUGGAUCUUUGCUAAUAAUAUAGGUUAUGUUGUUGGCGUUUUGCCAGAAAAGUCAUCAUCAUCAUCAUCAAGAUCAAUGGAGAAACAAGUUGCUAAUAGGUUCACUUGGGUGAUAAAGAAUUUUAAAUCUGUGCAAUCCAAGUAUAUCCGUUCUGACGUAUUCGUGGUGAAAUCUUUGAACCGUUUGCUUGAAAAUCACCCCAAAACCGCAGAAAAUGUCCGUACAAAAAACCAAUAUGUGAAGACAGGGUACAUCAAUGCCCUACUCAUCCUGACUGAGACUGUGUGCCGGUCGCCUAAGGAAAUCUCCAACGAUGAACUGGCAGAUGCAUAUGCUUUUCAGGAACCCAUGAAAGAGAUUGGGUUUAUGUUGGACCUCGAAGCUCAGUUGUGGAAGGAGAAUGCAGAAGUUUUGGCUGCCGAAGCUCCCCUCUCGCUGUCUGAUGAUGAUGAUGAAGACGACGAUGAAGAUGUCUGA